AUGCAAUGUACAGGAAAUUUUUCAAGAUGUCCGGAAGGUGUAAUUCUCGGUUGUGGUAAUCCACUCUUAGAUAUGCGAGUUGAAGUCAGCCUAGAUUUUUUAAAAAAGUGGAAUUUGGAAGAAGAUGAUGCAAUAAUAGCAGAUGACGAACGUAUGCCUAUGUUUCAAGAGUUGUUGGACAACUAUGAUAUAACUUAUACACCAGGUGGUGCAACGCAAAAUUCACUUCGCGUUUGUCAAUGGAUAUUAAAUGAGCCGAAUCGUUCAGUAUUUUUUGGCUGCAUAGGUGAUGAUCACUAUGGUGAUAUCUUAAAGCAAAAGACCCAAGAAAUAGGCCUUAGGGUAUAUUAUCAAGUGAAAGAAAAGCAAAAAACAGGAACAUGUGCUGCUCUCAUUACUAAUCAACAUAGAUCCCUUUGUGCACAUCUUGCAGCAGCAAAUUUAUUCACGAUAGAUCAUUUGGAAAAACUAGAAAGUCGUGUUUUAAUUGAAACGGCUCAAUAUUUUUAUAUAUCGGGAUUUUUCUUAACAGUUUGUCCUGCAGCUGUUAUGUUCAUUGCCCAGCAUGCAAGCAAACAUAAUAAGGUAUUUGCAACAAAUUUAGCAGCACCAUUUGUUCUAAAAUAUUUCCGAAAUGAAUUUUUGGAAUUGUUACCAUAUGUUGACAUUUUAUUUGGCAAUGAAAGAGAAGGUAAAGCAUUCGCAGAUGCAAUCAAUUACAAUACGCAUGAAUUGCAACAAAUAUGCGUUAAAAUUGCAGCAUUUUCAAAGAUUAAUGAAAAGCGUCAAAGGAUAGUGAUUCUAACGCAAGGAUCUGGUCCAACAAUCGUUUAUCAAAAUGGUAAUAAUGAUGCUGUGAAAUACCCAGUAAAAAAAUUGAAGCAUGAAGAAAUUGUUGAUACAAAUGGAGCUGGUGAUGCAUUUGUUGGAGGAUUCUUAUCACAAUACAUUCAACAGAAAUCAAUAGCGGAUUCAGUUAAAUGCGGACACUAUGCUGCAGCAGUAAUAAUACAACAAGAAGGCUGUACACUUCCACCAAUUUGCUUAUAUCAUUAA